UCCGGGCAUUGCGUAUGACUCGUGCAAAGAAGCUGAACUUUGGCCGGCCCGCGGAAGUGUGUUGGGCGGUGACAGCUGCCGGGUUCUCCCUUUCCUCGGGCGGGGUGUGUACGGGGUGUGCGGGAACCGAAAGCAAAACCCCCGGAGCCUGUGACUCCGGCCGGCCCGGGGACAGUUCGGGGCGGCGAUGGCGUCUGCCCUGGACGUGUCCAGCCUGGCCGAGGACCUGCUGUGCCCCAUCUGCCUGUCCCUGUUCCGGGACCCCCGCAUGCUGGAGUGCGGGCACAGCUUCUGCGCCGCCUGCCUGGAGCCCUGCGUCCCCACGGGGCAGCGCCGCGGGCUGUGCCCCGAGUGCCGGCGCCCCUUCGCCCUGCGCAGCGCGGCCACCAACUGGGCCCUGUGCAGCCUGGCGGAGAAAGCCCGGCUGCUGCGACUGGACGAGGGGGUCCAGCCGGGCGGGGGCGGGUCUGGCUGGUCCAUCUGCCCGGAGCACGAGGAGCCCCUCAAACUCUUCUGCAGCCAGGACAAGGGGCCCAUCUGCGUGAUCUGCCGGGACCUGCCCCAGCACCGCGGCCACGACUUCCUGCCCGUCAAAAACGCCGUCCAGAAAUAUCAGGACAAGCUGAAGGCAUCUCUCGUACCCCUGAAGGACAAUCUGAAUUCAGCCACUGAGGACCAGCGCCACCAGCAGGAGAACAUAGCAGAGCUGGAGAGCUGCGCCCAAGACCUCUUGGGGUAUAUCGCCAAGGAGUUUGGAGUUCUCCAUCAGAUCCUGCAGGAGAAGGAGAAGGGCAUGAAAGAGACCGUGGAGAGGCUGAAGGAGGAGAACCGGGUGGAGAUGGAGGAGAGGCUGAGGGAGCUGGAUGAAGAAGUGACCUUUCGUAACGAGACCCUGUCCAGGGCCCGGGCGGGGCUGGACACCUCAGAUCACAUAGCCUUCCUCAGGGGCAUCAAGGAGCUGAUGAGAAGAGUCCGGGAGGAUCAGUCGAGCCGCGGUGGGGAGGAGGAAGAGCACGGUGCAAGUGACGAAGGGUCCAGCGGCGAUGAUGAUGAUUGGAUUGAUGAAGAUGAAGAUGUGGCUAAUGGCGAGGAGGAGGAGGGAGAUGAAGAUGAGGAUGUGGCUAAUAGCGAGGAGGAGGAGGGAGAUGAAGAUGAGGAUAACGGCGAGGAGGAGGAGGGAGAUGAAGAUGACGAUGGGGAUAUCGUUGCUGUGGACCCGGGUCUCGAGGAAUUCAAAGACUCGCUAGACUUUGAGGCCUGGCAAGAAAUGCUGGGGACCAUCCAAGCAGCCACUGUCCAUGAUGGGCCUGAGGUCACACCUAUCACGUGGAACUGACGACCACCUGGGGUGCAUCUGUGCGGCCGAUCCCAGCCCUCGGCGAUUCGGAGCUGCCAUAUAUUUGGAGGAGUUGAUUUGGUGGAGGGUAAAGCCACCAGGAUCCAGCCUCUCUAGCCUGCCAGUGUGAGGGACAAGCCAUGGAAAUGUACCCGGAUUGCCCAGCAGGCAGGACACCGGCAUUUCACUGGGUGUUGCACGAGUAGCUGAUUCUAUCGAGUCUUUGGACGAUAUUGACCUGGUUACGAGGACAUUUUCAAAGUGUAUGAAUCAAAUAAACCAGAGCUCAGAACAGAA